UACCUCUUUAGCCUGUUCCUCCGCGGCGUCACGCCGUCAGCGGGGGGGGGGGGGGGCGUGUUGACAGACCUGCGCCCGCCCGCUGAGUCUUGGUCGGACCGACUCGGCUCACUUCAUCCGUCUCUCCCUCUGUUACCCCCACCAGGCGUCGUCGGUGCAGCAACAGUUGGCAAAGAUGUUUUUGGCAAAAAGACUCCUUGGUGGCAUCAUUGAUGUUGUGAGCAAUAUCGACCCAGCUCAGUUUGUGCCCGCUGAUCCUCCUGCACCACGUAGACCACUUGCAUAUGCAGAGCAGAAUGAGAGUGAUGAGGAGAGACAGUUUCGCAAAGUCUUUCAGCAGCUCGCUGGAGAUGACAUGGAGGUCAGUCCCAAUGAGCUGAUGAACAUCUUGAACAGAAUCAUUUCCAAGCAUGCAGACCUGAAGACAGAUGGGUUCAGCAUUGAGUCUUGCCGUAGUAUGGUGGCAGUCAUGGAUAGCGACAGCACUGGAAAACUAGGAUUUCAUGAAUUCAAACAUCUGUGGAACAACAUAAAGAAAUGGCAGGGUGUGUACAAGACCUAUGAUGCAGAUGGCUCCGGGGUCAUUGGUGCAGAUGAGCUUCCCAAUGCUUUCAGGGCUGCCGGUUUCCCCCUCAACGAACAGCUGUUCCAGAUGAUAAUUCGCAGAUACAGUGAUGAAAAUGGAAAUAUGGAUUUUGACAACUACAUCGGAUGCCUUGUGAGGCUGGACGCCAUGUGCCGUGCCUUCAAAACCUUGGAUAAGGAUAACAACGGGACUAUCAAGGUCAACGUUCAAGAGUGGCUUCAGCUGACCAUGUACUCUUGAACACGGAAAUUGUCUCCAGCUUGUAACAGAACCACUUUAUAUCUGUCAACACAAUGUAUUUUUCACUCCUAAGAACUUGCCAUGUAUAUCGGCUAUUCUGUUUGUGUGCAGGUUUUUUGAAUGUGAAUGCAACACUUGUCAUUUCAGCAUAGCCAUUAGGCCUUGGCCACUAUCCCAUAUUAUUUGCAAAGCAGCCAAUAUUACUGAAAACCUGGUGAUUCCCAUAAGCAUAAUCCUGCACACAAAAUGAUGCCCUAAACUGAUAGUCAAAAAUUAUGUUUAUCUCUAGGCAUGCUAUUGAAUGCUAGCUCUGGAGAAGUAUGUCGCCUCCUAAGAAAGGCAGCCCCGCCUGAAUUGUUGUCAUUUGGUCUUCAAGGAUUAACUCACAGUGCAUAACAUGUCUAGUGCAGUGGUUCUCAAGUCAGUUGUCAGGGACCCCACACUACUUCUGGUUCUCUGUUCUGUUGGGUAGUCUUACAUGCUCCUGUUGUGUCGGUUAUUUCAGUUGUUCGAUUGGGAUUUUUUUAGACCUUACACAAUAGGUGAACAUCAGGAACUACCAGACAGAAUGGGGGAAAGAAACAAACGGUAUAGUGCUGUGGAACUUGAGGACCAAAUCGCGAACUGGUCUAGGUUUUUUUUUCCUCCUUAGCUGAGACAGCAGAGGGAGACAGCACACUAUUGUGGUUAAAGUUGACGUCUGGGAUUUUUAGACCUAUGCAUUUGUUUUUGUUACUCAUUUUAUAUCCUAAUGCAAUUAUUGUAUGACAACAUAUGAUUCACCCAUGUGCAUUUUUUUUGCCAUUAGCAAGGAAGUAACAGCAGAAUUGCUUUGUUUUAUGCACAGUUGUCAGCGAUCUUUGUUUUCAAUGGCAGCUGUUGUAGCAGGUCAGUACAUAUAACUAUAAUGUGUAGGAUACUGUCUCAUUAAUGCCAUAUUUUCAUGUAAUUCCCUAUUGUUUAAAGUAAGCAAUAUUUCCCAAGUUAAGGAACACAUUAAUUCUAACUGAUUGCCUAGUACCAAGUUAUGUCCUCUCUAAUAUUAUUCUACAUACCAAGAAGGAAUGUAGCAAGUUGCUCAGCGAGUUAAUAAUGUGCCAUCUAAUCAUAAUGCUGGUCUUGCACUUAGCCAUAGAAUUCUCAUUUUUGUAGCGUACUAAAACGAUUCUUGUUGCAUUAUGUACCUGUUCAAUAUGCCUACACAACAUGCCAGCAUGAUGUUAGAAUUGAAGACAUCAGACUAACAUGUUAAUGCCAUUGCUGCAUGCAGCCAGUAACACAAACAGCCAGUAACGCAAAGAAAGCACAAUAUUGUGGUUAAAUUAUUGGCAAAGUCACUGUUUGAUAUUUGGAAUAAACGUUACAGAAUGCAGUUUUAAA